AUGGCAAAGCCGCUGCUUGCCCACCAGGCUGAAGCACGUGCGCACGCGGUCACGCGGACCGGCAGGAAGCGCAGUGGGGCGCGGCAUGCACGCCCUCACCGUCCCAGCUACCCUCGGGACGCGGACGGCGCCCGGAGAGUGGGUCGCCGCUUCUGCCCUGCUGCCGUCCGCCUUCACUCCAUACCUACUUUGGAGGCCGUUACUGCGCGGAGUGCUGGGAGGAACCGGGCCGGUCGGCUUCGGCUCGGGGCGUGGCGCGCUGCUGACUACCCCGCCGGCCUGUUGGCAGCGAGCGGGUUACGACUCCCGCGGACGCUUCCUGGCCGCGCCGCGAGCACCGGGCCGGGAGUGAGCUCACAUCCUCCCCGCCGUCCUGGGGGCGGGGCCCAGGCGGGGGCGGGGCCGAGAAGGACCGGAAGCUGGCGGGGGCACGGCCCUCCUCGGUUGCCCGGCCCGUUGCCGCUGCAGACCUCGGGGUUCAGUGUCUCGUGGUGGGGCUCUUACGCCGGUUUUGCGGAAGGGAGCAGCGUGGGCACGAAUCUUCACUCGCUGGUGGGAAGAGUGUGGGAGUUUGUGAGCGAGGCAGUGGGUGCGAGUAACCAGGAAUGCAUAGGGCGGUGUACCGAAGAAAUGGAGUUCAUGCCACAAGUUAGGGGUGUGAAUCUGCCUCUACCAACAGCACCAGGUGAAUGCUUUUUGGUCUGGAAACCUGCAGAAAGGUGAACGAUGAACAUGGCCCAAGGUAAAAAGGCUGCAUGAGACUCAACAUCAGCUAAAACCUAGAACUGGUUUUGAUGUGUGUGGGCGCACCUGUGGAGUUGGUGGCUGAUUUGUUGUCGAUCACGAUAACCUCCAAAUAUGGACCCAUAAAGAGAGCACUGGUAAAAAUUAAUUUAGGCAUUCAAAUACAGUUAAGUAUUAGUAAUUUAAACUGAUUUUUUGUGGGUAUGGGUGGGAAGCUUCCUGAAUUGUGGAGUAUUGUUAAACAAAUGGUAGGCAUUCAGGUAUCAAUUGUUUGUGUUUAAAUUGGCAUUACUAAUAUUUUGAGCAGUUUGCCUGUAGAAUUUAA